CCGCGGUGACCUAACGGCUCGCGGAGACGCGGCCUGGAGAAAUACAGCGGGUCCUUCGGGAAGGUUGCUGCGCUCAACUCCGCGUGGAGGAGGUCUGGGGCCUCGACGGCCGGCUGUUUGGAGCGUCCGCCAUGAGGAGAAGUGAGGUGCUGGCGGAGGAGUCCAUAGUAUGUCUCCAGAAAGCUCUGAAUCACCUUCGGGAAAUCUGGGAAUUAAUUGGGAUUCCAGAGGACCAGCGGUUACAAAGAACUGAGGUUGUAAAGAAGCAUAUCAAGGACCUCCUGGAUAUGAUGAUUGCUGAAGAGGAAAGCCUGAAGGAAAGGCUCAUCAAAAGCAUUUCCAUCUGUCAAAAAGAGCUGAAUACCCUGUGCAGCGAGUUACACGUCGAACCAUUUCAGGAAGAAGGAGAGACAACCAUCUUGCAGCUAGAAAAGGAUUUGCGCACUCAGGUAGAACUGAUGCGAAAACAGAAAAAGGAGCGAAGACAGGAACUGAAACUACUCCAAGAACAAGAUCAAGAGCUGUGUGAAAUUCUGUGCGUGCCCCGCUAUGACGUCGACAGCACCUCAGUUCCCAGCUUAGAAGAACUGAGCCAAUUCAGACAACACGUGGCCACGCUGAGGGAAACGAAGGCGUCUAGACGCGAGGAGUUUGUCAACAUAAAGAGACAGAUCAUCCUGUGUAUGGAGGAAUUAGAUCACACCCCAGACACAAGCUUUGAAAGAGAUGUGGUGUGUGAGGAUGAAGAUGCUUUUUGCUUAUCUCUGGAGAAUAUUGCUACACUACAGAAGUUGCUUCGGCAGCUGGAAAUGCGAAAGUCACAAAAUGAAGCAGUGUGUGAGGGUCUGCGAGCUCAGAUCCGAGAGCUCUGGGACAGGUUGCAGAUACCUGCAGAAGAGAGAGAAGCUGUGGCCACGGUUAUGACUGGGUCAAAGGCCAAGGUCAGGAAAGCGCUGCAAUUGGAAGUGGAUCGGUUGGAAGAACUGAAGAUGCAGAACAUGAAGAAAGUGAUUGAGGCAAUUCGAGUGGAGCUGGCUCAGUACUGGGACCAGUGUUUCUACAGCCAGGAGCAGAGACAGGCUUUUGCUCCUUACUAUGCUGAGGACUAUACAGAAAAUCUGCUCCAGCUCCAUGAUGCUGAGAUUGUGCGGUUAAGAAACUACUAUGAGGUUCACAGAGAGCUCUUUGAAGGUGUCCAGAAGUGGGAAGAAAGCUGGAGACUCUUCUUGGAGUUCGAGAGAAAAGCUUCAGAUCCAAGUCGAUUUACAAAUCGUGGAGGGAAUCUUCUAAAAGAAGAAAAGCAACGAGCCAAGCUUCAAAAAACACUCCCCAAGUUGGAAGAGGAGUUGAAGGCACGGAUUGAAAUGUGGGAACAGGAGCAUUCGAAGGCAUUUGUGGUGAACGGGCAGAAAUUCAUGGAGUACGUGACGGAGCAAUGGGAGAUGCAUCGACUGGAGAAGGAGCGAGCCAAGCAAGAAAGACAACUUAAGAACAAGAAGCAGACAGAGACAGAGAUGCUCUAUGGCAGUGCUCCUCGAACCCCCAACAAGCGGCGAGGACUGGCACCCAACACGCCGGGCAAAGUGCGCAAGCUGAACACUACCACCAUGUCCAAUGCCACGGCCAACAGCAGCAUUCGACCUGUCUUUGGGGGGACAGUCUACCGUUCCCCCGUGUCUCGACUUCCACCUUCUGGCAGCAAGCCAGUCAUCACUUCCACUUGUUCGGGGAAAAAAACACCCCGUGCUGGGAGGUAUGGAGCCAACAAGGAGAACGUGGAGCUCAAUGGCAGCAUCCUGAGCGGUGGGUACCCCGCCUCGGCCCCCCUCCAGCGCAACUUCAGCAUUAAUUCUGUUGCCAGCACCUAUUCUGAGUUUGCGAAGGAUCCGUCCCUCUCUGACAGCUCCACUGUUGGGCUUCAGCGAGAACUUUCAAAGGCUUCCAAAUCUGACGCUACUUCUCGAAUCCUCAAUUCGACCAACAUUCAGUCCUGAGAAGCCCUGACCAGCCAGCCAGCUGUGGCUUCCUGUGCCUAGACUAGAUCUAAAUUAUACAGGGGUGGCUUUGAUUUUUCUUGAGUUUAGGUGUGCUUGAAAAUCUAGACAGGUUCCACUAUAAUGGGCCUGACAGAAGUGAAUGAGUUUACAGAGGAAAAUCCAUCAUAGGUUUAGUGGGUCUUCAAAAACUUGGAUUUUGUUUUGACCCAAGAAAUACAUUAAAACUUAGUUCAUAGCGGUAAGUGCAAAUUUUAGCAGAUGGAACCUAAUUUCUUUCUCUGCCCCAUAAUUCCACUUGCUGAAGCACGAUCAGGGGCUGGCUCUAUUUCACCUUGUGUAGGAAAAUGACUGUGCCCAUCCUUGGGGCCUGGGACAUGAAGUCAUAUUGCCUUGUACCCUUAUAAUUAGUAAUUAACAUCUUUUUUGCUUAGGGAUGUUCCAUUAAUGCUAUAGCUAUGACAGCUUUGCUCUCACCUGUCUCCACGACACAGGAUAGCCUUCCUCCUGCUGAGGAUGUCUGUGUGUCCAAAGUUGAGAUGGCCUGACUUACUGCCAAAGAGGUGACAGAGAGGCUGGGAGCUCCUUUGUUAAAUGGGGUACAGUUCUGUUAUAGAGUGCAAUGCCCUUUGUGGGGAUAUGUGUGGACGCACACAUGCUUGUCUGAACUCUGUUUCUUUACCUUCUCUGGGUUGAGGCCCCCAGCCCUGUGCCCGCUGUGCCGGAGUUCAUCGACCCCCUGCAGUGGGCAGCCCUGUGGGGAGGCUGUUGGGGUGGGUGGGGCCCUUUCUGUCCCGGAGAUCUGGAACUUUGCACAUAUCAGUACUGGGGAGUUGUUUCUGCUACACCGUCCACAUCUUCACCCACCCUACCGAUCACUACUGCUCUCCCCGAAGCACUAUUUAUUCUUAUUCUGUCUGCCUGUGCCCGUACUACUGUCAGCACAUUCAAUGGUUCUCGAAAGCUUACCGGCAUGGGUUGGGUCUGUGUCAGCCAUGCUGUUAGACGUAUACAUGUCCUGUUUUUAAAAAUAUAAAUAUAUUCUUAAAAAUAAAUUAAUGUGUAUACUUACCUUUCAAAAA